AUGCCGUCUCAAGGUGGCAGUGGAUCGCUUUUCGCCAACUUCUCGGUCGUCAAUGCCACGGUCGCGCCAACGGCCAGUCCGGAAGAAGCUGCAGCCAAGCAGGCGAUGCUGGCGUAUUUGCUCUCUCGCUUCCACACAUUGCAGCUCUUUCUACUGCUUGGCUACGGCAUCAUGUGUCUGCUUUGUAUCAUCUUGGUGAUCUACUUGAGGUUCAAUCGGAAUACAGCUUUACGAGGUGAUGCCACUGCUGCUCGAAAAAUCAUCCUUCCAGCGUAUGAGCCAUUGCUAUGGGUGCUCGGAUGCACCACCGGGAUCUACACGGGUUUCUUCUGCUCGGCUCUGGCCACGGAGCUCUACACGUAUGAGAUCUCCAAGCUUGCGACUGAAGUGUUCUACUCAGGCCGUCAAUUCGUCUUCCUUAGUGUCAUUGUGUUCAUGCUUCAGAAGAGUGUAUCAGGUCCAGCACUACGACGUACGUUGAUAAUCACGCUGGUGUUGUCAACCUACACCAUUCCACUUGUUUGGGUCUUCACAGCCUAUUAUCCAGCCGCCGACUUGUACGCGCCGUUAACAGCCGCACGUGCAUUGCUACUGCUGCUGUACUCGUACGUACUCGUCCGUCCACCAGUUCGAGCGAGUAAGCGCACCCUACGAGAGUACUGCGUAUUCGCGUACAUCUACUACACGCUCUUGUUUGCAUACAACGAGUGCUUUCGACAAAGUCAUUUGGAGAGUGGUUUCUAUCUCACGUACUCAAAUCUACUGUGCGGUUCGCUCUGUCCGCUAGUGAUCUGGCGUGUACUGCGUGCAGAUACUGAGCACUGGCGAGGUAUGGGUCAGCGCGCUGUAGCACUGCAGCGAUUGUUUUGUCAAACCCGUGGAAUGCCGGAGCGGGUGUCGUCCAAGGGACUUCACAUUCUGAUCGAAAUGCACCGCAAGUUCAUCAUCGACUUUGCCUAUCUGGAACUGCAACAGCGUAUCGGAGUUGGGGCGAGUGCUGUCGUCUUCAAGGGAACACUGCGUUCAUCAAUUGAUGUGGCGGUAAAAGUGUACACCCCCACCGAUUUCACGGAAGACACGGUCGCCGCCUUCUCGCAUGAAGCAGCACUUUGUGGGGCACUACACCACCCGAAUAUCGUCGCGUUCCAUGGCAUGUGCGUAUGUCCGCCCACUAUUUGUCUUGUCAACGAGCUUUGCGUUGGAAGUCUGGAAGACAUCACUGUUGCAGCCGCAAGACGUCGAUCAAGAGUGAGCGAACAUGAUCACAACCGUCAGCAAUUGCUACUCAAUGUCGCCUUCAUGCUGGACGCGGCGCGAGCUGUAUCGUACUUGCACAGCUUCCGCCCACCGUUCCUACACCGUGACAUCAAGCCGACCAACUUCCUCGUGGAUGCAAACUGCAGCGUCAAACUCACCGACUUCGGUGAGUCUCGUUCGCUUCCUCGAGCCCAAGUCGUCAGCAAUGGCCUUGUCAGUGCUCCAGUUACUACACACCGGAGUAGUUUGAGCGGAUACUGUGGAGAAAAAGUCUCAACUGUAGCCAUGCUGGCUAGUGAGGACUCGAGUGCGAAGGUUCCAACUGAACGUGCCAGUAUCGAAAUUGCUGUUGUCGGAGCUGCCAAUCUUCAGCAACUUCGAGGAUCCUUGGUAGAUGCCUCAAAACCCACUACAAAAGAGAGUAGUGACGAUAACGCAGUCCGUAUGACAGUCAAGGGUACUGUCGACUACAUGGCCCCUGAAGUAAUCAACGGACGAGCAGGACUUGCAGCGUACGGUGAAGCUGCCGAUGUGUACUCAUUGGGUAUCACCAUGUGGGACGUGCUAAAUCCUGGUCAAGAGAAGUUCCCAGACGCCGGUAGUAACCAUUUCCGUGUGUUUGAUCUCGUCCUUGAAGGUCAGCGUCCCGAGCUGGAUCCCCGACUCCAUCCGAGCAUUAGGGCUAUCAUUGAGAGCUCUUGGCAACAUGACCCCAGACUGCGUCCUUCGGCACACAGUGUGGUGAGCACGCUAGAAAGCAUCCAGGAAGAACUCAGUGCUGCUUUUGCACUCGAAUUAGCAGAUGAACUAGAAGAUGCGAUGCGUCUGGCUAAGCCUAUCGACGCUUCAAGUGCUCCGCUUGCUGCUCCACAAGGAUUCUCAGGCGAAGAGGCUAUAUCACACAUGUGUGAGCUACAGUACGUUGACUCUAUAAGCGAAGCUGUGCGUCUAGGCAACGCUCUCAUGGAUUCCGGUCUGCUGCAUCACUGCAAGCAUGCACACCCGUUCGAAGAAUCUGAACAAGUGUACUUCUUUGAUGAUGACAACAUCAACCUCUGCCAGCCACUGGUUGUUGGCGCAUAUACGCAAGAGCAAGCGAAGAAACUUGACGCAGAGAGUGCGACGGUCAUCAGCUCGCCUUCUCGCCAUUCACGUCGCACCUCACAUCGCUCAGGAUCUACGAACCCUUUCGCCAAUUCGGGUCGUGUUCGUAGUGACAGCUCUCAAUCGCAAUCGGACCGAACGCUGCUUGAAAAUGGCGUCUGCGCGUGCCGGAAAUUGGGACAGCGUCUUAAACUGCCCAAGGCAUCCAAGUCGCGACACCGGUUUCGUCGAAAAGGAAAAGGGAAAACCGGCAUGAAAGUAUCGGUUGUGGCUGGAGAUGCGGCAGAGCAACUGCACACCAGACUACUACUCGAGUCCCCGCACGAUAUGCACGACUUCGAUGGCUUCGAUGGAAGCCCCUCCCCAGCAUAG